GAGCUGCGGAAGGUGGAACUGUCCAGUGCUGAUGCUCUUCAAAGGUGCACUCGGCUUUAGCUCCUGACAGCUGCCGCCGAACGACAACUAAAUUACACUCAUUGUAAAUGAUUAUGUGACAUGUUACGUGCUAUUUAAAACGGUGGCCAGGAGUUUAUUUUGUCUGGGGUUGUUUUCAGUUUCAAAGCUUCUUUCGCCUAACCAAUGGGUACGGCCUGAACGGCUGGCAAGCGUCGAGACAUUUUGAUUGUUUGAUUGAUGCAUUCCUCUGCAGACUGCGGGGUGGACGACCAGAUCUGCUGACCGGAGAGAAAGUUUCCUUGGAUAAAAUCAUUCACGAUGGUGGAUGCGGCUGAAUGUUGUGUGAAGGUGAUGUGCCGAUUCAGGCCACUUAACGAAUCGGAAAUCACUAGAGGUGACAAAUACAUACCGAAAUUCAAAGAAGACACCGUGGUGAUAUCGGGCAAGCCGUAUAUCUUUGACCGAGUCUUUCCUCCGAACACAACACAGGAACAAGUAUAUGAUACCUGUGCCAAACAGAUUGUUAAAGAUGUGCUGGAUGGCUAUAAUGGGACAAUCUUUGCAUAUGGCCAAACCUCAUCAGGGAAGACACACACUAUGGAGGGACAGCUCCAUAACUCACAACUGAAGGGCAUCAUCCCUCGCAUCGCCCAGGACAUCUUUGACCACAUCUACUCUAUGGAUGAGAACCUGGAGUUCCAUAUCAAGGUCUCUUAUUUUGAAAUCUACCUGGACAAAAUCAGAGACUUGCUUGAUGUUUCCAAAACCAACCUGGCUGUCCAUGAGGAUAAGAACAGGGUGCCAUUUGUCAAGGGUUGUACAGAGCGUUUUGUGUCCAGUCCAGAGGAUGUCAUGGAUGUGAUCGAUGAGGGUAAAUCCAAUCGUCACGUGGCUGUUACAAACAUGAAUGAGCACAGCUCCCGCAGUCACAGCAUUUUCCUCAUUAAUAUUAAGCAGGAGAAUGUGGAAACAGAGAAGAAACUGAGCGGAAAACUCUACCUGGUGGAUCUUGCAGGAAGUGAAAAGGUCAGUAAAACUGGAGCCGAAGGAUCUGUGUUGGACGAGGCUAAAAAUAUCAACAAGUCUCUCUCUGCUCUGGGGAACGUCAUCUCAGCCCUGGCUGAAGGAACCAAAACCCAUGUGCCAUACAGAGACAGUAAAAUGACCAGGAUCCUACAGGACUCUUUGGGUGGGAACUGCAGAACAACCAUCGUCAUCUGUGCCUCUCCCUCUGUAUUCAAUGAGGCUGAGACCAAAUCCACGCUCAUGUUUGGCCAGAGGGCCAAAACCAUCAAAAACACAGUGUCUGUGAACAUGGAGCUCACAGCCGAGGAAUGGAAGAAGAAAUAUGAGAAAGAGAAAGAGAAGACCAGAAAUCAAAAAAUCACCAUCCAGAGGCUAGAAAAUGAGCUCAAACGAUGGCGGAAAGGUGAGACUGUACCUGUUGAUGAGCAGCACAGCAGUAAGGAAGUAAAGAAUUCUGAAGCCGCUCCCAUAAUUGACACUUCGGCUCCGCCCCCUGAGCCUGUUUCUGAUUCAGAGAAAACCCAGUAUGAGGAGCUGAUCAAUGACCUGUAUCAUCAACUAGAUGACAAGGAUGAUGAGAUCAACCAGCACAGUCAGCUGGCAGAGAACCUGAAGCAGCAGAUGGUGGAUCAGGAUGAGUUAUUGGCAUCCACACGGCGUGACUACGAGAAGAUCCAGGAAGAUCUGAGCCGUUUGCAGCAUGAGAACGAGGCAGCUAAAGAGGAGGUGAAGGAGGUGCUCCAGGCCUUGGAGGAGCUGGCAGUGAACUACGACCAGAAAAGCCAUGAGGUGGAGGAGAGAAGCAAGACAAACCAAGAGCUCACAGAAGAGCUUAUACAGAAGACUGCAGCUCUGGCUGGUGUGGAGAGGAAUCUGUCUGCCCUGCAGGAGCUCAGUGGACAUCACAAGAAGAGAUCAGCAGAGAUCCUCAGUCUCUUGCUCCGGGACCUCAAUGAGAUUGGCAGCGUUAUUGCCUUGAAUGACUACAAGAUGACAGAGAUGAACGGAGGAAUGGAGGAGGAAUUCACCAUGGCACGGCUCUUCAUCAGUAAGAUGAAGUCAGAAGUGAAGUCUCUGGCCAACCGCAGUAAACAGCUUGAGAGCACACAGGCCGACACAAUGCGUAAAAUGCAGGCCAACGAGAAAGAGCUCGCUUCCUGCCAGCUCCUGAUCUCUCAGCAUCAAGCAAAGAUCAAAUCCCUCACCGACUACAUGCAGAGCAUGGAACAGAAGAAGAGACAGCUGGAGGAAAGCCACGACUCCCUGAUGGAGGAGCUCGCUAAACUCCACGCACAAGAAAAGAUGCAUGAGGUGUCAGUCCUGGAUAAGGAAAAGGAACACAUGAGCAGGAUACAGGACGCUGAGGAGAUGAAGAAAGCCCUGGAACAGCAGAUGGAAAGCCACAGAGAGGCUCAUCAGAAGCAGCUCUCACGUCUGCGAGAUGAGAUCGAAGAGAAACAGAGGAUCUUGGAUGAGCUGAAGGAUGUGAACCAGGCUCUUCAGCUUGAACAGAAGCAGCUCAUGUCUGACUAUGAAAAGCUGAAACAGGAGGAACAGAAGAAAGACGAGAGGCUGCAGAAGCUUCUCUUGUUGAAUGAGAAGAGGGAGCAAGCUAAAGAAGAUCUCAAGGGUCUGGAAGAGACUGUGGCCAAAGAGCUCCAGACUCUCCACAACCUCCGUGUGCUGUUCAUCCAGGACAUCAAUAAUCGCAUUGGACGAAGUGCAGAGUUGGACACUGAUGAAUCAGGGGGAAGUCUGGCACAAAAACAGAAAAUAAUUUUCCUCGAGAACAACCUGGAGCAGCUCACUAAAGUCCACAAGCAGCUGGUACAUGAUAAUGCAGACUUAAGAUGUGAGCUGCCCAAACUAGAAAAGCGCUUGCGUGCAACUGCUGAGCGUGUGAAGAUCCUGGAGUCUGCUCUGAGAGAGGCCAAAGAAAGCGCCAUGAGAGACCGUAAGAAGUACCAGCAGGAGGUGGACCGUAUCAAAGAGGUUAUCCGAGCCAAGAACCAGGCCAGGAUGAAACACACUGCACAGAUCGCUAAGCCUAUUCGUGCUGGACAUCAUCACUCAGUUGCUUCUGCCUCACCGGGCCACAGUGUCAGAGGGGGCGUCCCAAGCCCACGACGACACCACCAGCACCAACCGCAGCACCAUCACAGGAGCAAGUGAAAAACACACCAAGAGACAAAAAAUAAGCGGUCUGGUACCAGUCUGCACAUUCUUUCCUUUCCAGCUAUGUGUGGCAACAAGAAGACGUCUUUUUCCAAUGCAGUCUGUUCUAUUCAAUGAGGAGGGAAAAAGAACUGCUGUCAUCUUAUACUAAGACUUUUCAAGUUCACUUCCUGUCCUUACCAUGACCUCCAUGCAUUCAUUCUGUUUAAGUGGAGAUUUGUGGACUCAUCUAUGAAUAAACAAAACCAG